AUGUCCUCCUCAAAACGUCCCAAUUUUCUUGUCAUCGUCGCCGAUGACUUAGGAUUCUCGGAUCUCUCGUGUUUUGGAGGGGAAAUCAACACUCCAAACAUCGACAAAAUAGCACAGGCCGGAAUCCGCUUCACGGAUUUCCAUGCUGCUGCCGCAUGUUCCCCGUCUCGAGCAAUGAUAAUGACAGGUACCGAUCAUCAUAUUGCCGGCCUUGGAAAUUUAAUCGAGUGGACCAAUAUAUCCGGGCAAAAUGAUCCGGGUGGGAAGAUGUCAACGGCGCCUCAGAGAGGCAUGCCAGGGUAUGAAGGAUACUUGAAUGAGAAGGUUGCUACAUUACCAGAAAUUUUGAGAGAUGAUGGAUAUUUGACAUUGAUAGCUGGAAAAUGGCACCUCGGUUUAACCCCCGAGCGGUCCCCAAAAGCUCGUGGGUUCGAGCGAAGCUUUGCUCAUCUGCCAGCAUGCAGCAAUCAUUAUGGCUAUGAACCUCAACUCCACGCUCCCGAUCAAAUCCCUGAGUUCAUGACUAUGAGUUUCAUAGCACUCCAUAGUGAAGAUGGAGAAUAUGUCAAGAAAUUACCCGAGGAUUGGUACUCAAGUAAUGGGUAUGAAGAUAAGAUGCUCGAAUAUUUAAGAGAGAAAAAUGAAAAGAAAGACGAGAAGCCUUUCUUUGGUUACUUCCCUUUCACGGCUCCUCAUUGGCCAUUACAAGCUCCCCCAGAAUUCGUGGCAAAGUAUAAAGGAGUAUAUGAUACUGGGCCCGAUGCGCUUCGUUUGCAACGUCUUCAACGACUCAAAGAUUUCGGGUUGAUAUCUCCAGAUGCGGAGCCCCAUCCCGUUGUUGCAGAUGAAGUGAAAGCAUGGAACGAUCUCACUGCCGAAGAAAAAGCAAAGUCGUGUAAAGCAAUGGAAGUAUUCGCUGCGAUGGUUGAAUGUAUCGACUACAACGUUGGACGUGUGGUCAAGUAUCUAGAGGAAAUUGGAGAGCUCGAUAACACUUUCAUAUGUUUCAUGUCAGACAAUGGUGCUGAAGGUGCUGCUUACGAAGCUUAUCCUGUUGUCCAAGGAAGCAUGAUCCAACACCUACAAAAAUACUAUAACAAUAGUUUAGAGAAUCUCGGGAACGGAGAUAGUUUCAUCUGGUACGGACCGCGCUGGGCACAAGCUGCUACAGCACCCAGUCGCCUUUACAAAGCCUAUACCACCGAAGGAGGCGUUCGAAUUCCCUUCGUUGCUCAAUCCCCCUCAAAUUUCAAUACCCAGAAUUCCAAUAGUAUAACGCAUAACUUCGCCACCGUAAUGGACCUCGCGCCCACUAUCCUCGAAAUGGCCGGAACUAAGCACCCGGCACCCACAUAUCAAGGACGAGAGAUCGUACCAAUGCGCGGUAAAUCCAUGCUUCCCUUCAUAUCCGGAACAUCCUCCCGUAUCGACGCCGAAGACUUUAUCUCCGGCUGGGAAACCUGCGGUCGGGCUGCUUUGCGCAAAGGAUCUUGGAAAAUUGUAUUUAUACCCAAGCCCAAGGGAACCGAAAAAUGGCCAUUAUACAAUCUUUCUGUUGAUCCUGGAGAGAUACACGAUCUAGCUGAUGAGCAGCCGGAGAAAUUGAAAGAGUUGAUCAAACUUUGGGAUGAACAUGUAUUGGAGACAGGAGUGGUACCGCUUGCGCCUGAGCUUGGGUAUUGGUUGAAGGCUACCGAGGAACAGAUGCCAGAGAAUGUGUGGAUGGAGUAUGAGUAUUGGAAAGAUGGAGCGAGGGAUGAGCCGGAUAAGUUUAGAAGGGAUGUGCCGAGGUUUGAGAGGGUUAUCACAGGAUUUUGA